GUCUCUCAGAAUCACUUUAUCAUCCCUUUCUCUCUCUCUUUCUCCUUCAAUUUUCUUUUCCAUUCUGAAUCAAAUAAAGUUCUUCAGAACCCCCAAGAAAAAAAGAAAGCUUUUUCUUUACUUUCCCCCCACCAUUACAAUGCCACCAUAAAUACACCUCCCCACCUCCCCUUUUCCCCUUACUUCCUCUUCUUCCUCAAUGGGUUAAACCCAAAAUCAAAAAAAGAAAGAACAGAGUCCCCUUCAAAAAACCCAAAAUGAUCUCUGUUUCUGAUCUCUACCAUGUCCUCACCGCCGUCGUCCCGCUCUAUGUCGCCAUGAUCCUUGCUUACGGCUCCGUCAAAUGGUGGAAGAUCUUCUCCCCUGACCAAUGCUCCGGCAUCAACCGUUUCGUCGCCCUCUUCGCCGUCCCCCUCCUUUCCUUCCAUUUCAUUUCCACCAACAACCCUUUCUCUAUGAACUUACGCUUCAUCGCCGCCGAUACUCUUCAAAAGCUUAUCGUCCUCGCCGCCCUCGCUGUAUGGUCACAUCUCUCCUCUAAAGGCUCUCUUGAAUGGUCAAUUACUCUGUUUUCCCUUUCCACUCUUCCCAAUACUCUGGUAAUGGGAAUUCCUCUGUUGAAGGGAAUGUACGGCGACUCUACCGGUACUUUAAUGGUCCAAAUCGUUGUUCUUCAGUGUAUUAUUUGGUACACUUUGAUGCUGUUUUUGUUCGAGUACAGGGGAGCUAGAUUGUUGAUUGCAGAGCAGUUUCCUGAUACUGCAGGGGAGAUUGUUUCCUUCAGAGUUGAUUCGGAUAUUCUGUCUUUAGAUGGGAAAGAGCCUUUGCAGACGGAAGCGGAGAUUGGGGAAGAUGGGAAGUUGAGAGUGGUGGUGCGGAAGUCGACGAGUUCUCGAUCGGAGGUUUUUUCGCGGCGGUCGCACGGUGGUGGAGGUGGGGUUUCGUUGACGCCACGGCCGUCGAAUUUGACGAAUGCAGAGAUAUAUUCUCUGCAGUCGUCGAGGAAUCCGACGCCGAGAGGGUCCAGUUUCAAUCAUUCGGAUUUCUUUUUGGGGAAUGCGAGUCCGAGGCAUUCGAAUUUUGGGAAUUUCGGGAACUUUGAUGAGGAAAAUGGAGGGAUGAAAGGAAGAGGAAUUAGUGGUAAUGUUAAUGUUAAUGGGGUUUUUCCGAGCUCUACUGGGUAUCCGGCACCAGCGAGCGCCGGGCUUUUUUCGCCGGUGACCGGACCGGCGGCAGCGAAGAAGAGGGUCAAUGGCGGAGAUGGGGGAAAGGAUUUGCAUAUGUUUGUUUGGAGUUCGAGUGCGUCGCCAGUUUCCGAGGGUGGUAUUAACGUUUUCAGGAGUGGUGAUUACGACGGCGGCGGCGGCGGCGGCGGCGGGAUGAACCGUAAAGAUUUCGACGAUUUUGGUCGGGAUGAGUUCAGCUUUGGGAACAAAUCCGCCGUGAACGGCGGCGGACACGACGGCGGGCCGGUACUAUCCAAACUUGGGUCAAGCUCCACCACGGAACUCCACCCGAAAAAUGGCGACGACACGGCGGAGUCUAAGCCGACCACGAUGCCGCCAGCGAGUGUGAUGACAAGGUUGAUUUUAAUCAUGGUUUGGAGGAAGCUGAUUAGAAAUCCCAAUACUUAUUCUAGCUUGAUUGGCCUAGCUUGGUCAUUGAUCUCAUUUAGGUGGAACAUUGUAAUGCCAGCCAUUGUUGCUCGAUCGAUCGCUAUUUUAUCCGAUGCUGGGCUCGGGAUGGCGAUGUUUAGUCUCGGGUUGUUCAUGGCAUUGCAACCUAAGAUCAUUGCAUGUGGAAACACCAUUGCUUCCUUCGCCAUGGCGGUUAGGUUCAUCACCGGGCCAGCCGUUAUGGCAGCUGCCUCAAUUGCUGUUGGGCUUAGAGGAGUUCUCUUGCACAUUGCUAUAGUUCAAGCCGCUCUGCCUCAAGGGAUCGUCCCUUUUGUGUUUGCUAAGGAAUACAAUGUUCAUCCCGACAUUUUGAGCACCGGGUUUGAUCUCUACGUCGACACUAAUAGUCUCGAUACACGAUUCGUAGUCCUUAAAUGGGUUUUUUUUUUUUUCUUGCAGGGUUAUAUUUGGGAUGCUGAUAGCUCUACCAAUAACUUUGGUUUAUUACAUUUUGUUGGGGCUUUGAAGCUGCAAAAAACAAUGAAGGUGUGCAACAAAUGGGAGGGAGGGACAAAAGAUUGGUCUUUUUCUCUCUCUAGAAACACAAUUUUUAUCUAACUAAAGAAGAAAAAGAUUUGUUGAUGGGAAAAAGAGGGGGAAAAAAAAGUGGUCAGAAAUGGAAGACUGAAUCUUUUCUUUUUUUUUUUAUUGUAAUUUUUUUGGCCUCAUUUUGUGCUCAAUUUCUUUUGUUCUUUUGAUGGGGAAGUAAAUGAAAGCUUUUUAAGAUUGUCUCUCAA